ACGUGGGUCUAUCUUCCUCUCAAGGGUGUCCCUCAACCUCAAGCCUCAAGCACUCCAUAAUCGCCACUCAUUUCCGUUAAGCAGAGCAACAAGCCAAAUCCUCUCUCAACUUCCUUCACCCUCAUCAACAAUGCUCUCUUCCACAUUCUUCUCUUUCUUUCUUCACCACCACCUCCUUCCUCUCUUCUUCUUCUUCUUCUUCUUCUUCUUCUUCCCUGACCCCUUUCCUAUUUCUAUUCCAAAUCUCACAAUCCUCUGUAUGAGACAUGAAUCCUUCUUGCAGACUCUCUUCCUCCAAACACACCGCUCCUCCACUGCCCUUUCUUCUCCGAAAUUGCCACAACACUCCAGCUUUUCCUUUCAAGCCUCUACUGUCACCGCCAAGGCCGUCAUUCGCCCUUCUUCGCAUUAACAACUCCAAACUCUCACACUCAUUUGCCACUCUAUCCUCUUUCGCCGAAGCCGAAGGCGAAGAGAAACAGAAGCAGGAAAUUCAGCUCAAUGGGCAGCAUCAGGUGAACGACGACGAAGACGACGAUCACUUGCCUGGAAUUGCUCAAGUCUUCCACAUAUCUUCCAGCGCUGCUUACGGGAUCUCGAUAUGCAUAGCAUUUGCUGCUCUUGCUUCUCCUUUCUUCAUGAAAUCCGUAGGCCAGGGAUUGGCCUUGAGGACUAAAUUGCUAUCUUAUGUUACCCUUCUCUUUGGGUUUUACAUGGCUUGGAAUAUCGGCGCCAAUGACGUGGCGAAUGCGAUGGGAACUUCGGUGGGAUCCGGCGCGCUGACGCUCCGGCAGGCUGUGUUGACGGCGGGAGUGCUGGAGUUUACAGGGGCGUUGUUGAUGGGGACGCACGUGACCAGCACGAUGCAGAAGGGAAUUCUGGUGACUAACGUGUCAGGGAAAGACACCCUUCUCCUAGCUGGAUUGCUCUCUUCGCUUGCCGCUGCUGGUUCUUGGUUACAGGUUGCAUCUUAUUUUGGUUGGCCAGUGUCUACUACUCACUGUAUUGUAGGAGCUAUGGUGGGAUUUGGUCUAGCCUAUGGAGGAUCUGGAGCAGUUUUCUGGGGAUCCCUGGCAAAGGUGACUUCUUCAUGGGUUAUCUCUCCAAUAAUGGGAGCAGCCGUGUCAUUUCUUGUCUACAAAUGUAUACGAAGGUUUGUAUACAGUGCCCAAAAUCCAGGACAAGCAGCCGCUGCUGCAGCACCAAUUGCUGUAUUUUUGGGUGUAACUGGGAUUUCUUUUGCGGCCUUCCCUCUCAGCAAGAGCAUUCCUACGGCUCUGGCUCAGGCUUUAGCCUGUGGAACUGCUGGUGCUUUUGUAGUCAACAGAAUCAUCAGAAAGCAACUUGGUCAUCUACUGGUCAAGCUUACUACUACCCCACAGCCUGAGCCAGAAGAGGACACUGCUCACAAAAGCAUAGGGUUUCUCUCUGAUGUUGCAGGUCCAAAGGGUACCCAGCUGAAAAUAGUUUAUGGGGUCUUUGGAUACAUGCAGGUUCUCUCUGCAUGCUUCAUGUCAUUUGCUCAUGGUGGGAAUGAUGUCUCCAAUGCCAUCGGUCCUUUGGCGGCUGCAUUGGCUAUUCUUCAAGGCAAUGUCACAGGAACUGAGAUUGUUAUUCCGACCGAUGUUUUAGCAUGGGGUGGAUUUGGAAUUGUAGCAGGGCUUAUGAUGUGGGGUUAUAGAGUCAUAGCCACAAUAGGAAAGAAAAUAACAGAACUCACACCGACCAGAGGAUUUGCAGCUGAGUUUGCUGCUGCCUCUGUGGUUCUGUUUGCUUCAAAGCUAGGGCUGCCCAUCUCAGCAACCCAUACUCUAGUUGGUGCAGUAAUGGGGGUGGGAUUUGCAAGGGGUCUUAACAGUGUUAGAUCAGAAACUGUGAAGGAGAUUGUGGCUUCAUGGGCCGUAACUAUUCCUAUUGGUGCUUUUCUAAGCGUGCUCUAUACCUGGAUUUUGACCAAGCUUUUGUCUUAUAUUUUGUGAGAGUAACUUCCAAGAUAUGAAGGACAGCUUAUGUGCGUGACCGCUUGAAGUGCAGGCGUAUUGUGGCACAGAUUGGAGAAGAGGAUAAUGGGGCAGUAGAUGUGUUCUGAACGAUGAGGCUCCUUAUGACUCAUUUGUUGGGAAAGGGUACAUAUCAAGUUUCAGAUCAUUAGUCAAUACCUAAGACUGGCAAGCUCAGUUCCUCUCGGAUUGAAGAAACUAUUUGCUGCAGCCUGCAGCAUUUUAGGACAAUGUAUCCGACCAAAGUUCAUCAACAGUAGCAAACUUCAGGAGUUUGAAUAUCCAGGCCUGUCUAUUGUGAAAACCCAUGGUUCACUUGGAGCAACCAUUUGUAAUUAACAGUGCUCCCCCCUCCUCGAAAAAAGAAAAAAAAAAAGAAAACCCUUUAUUCCAAGUCUCUGAUUAAUGAUAAAAAAAAAUCUUCAGUAGUAGAAGUGGACUAAGAUCCUCUGAAGUCUGCUAUCUGAAUUUUGAUGAAGUUGGGAACAUCAUAGCCGUCAACUAAAUCAGCUAGAGAAUUAUGUCAUUUAAUAAUUGAAAUACUAUGUCUUAAAGUUUCUUUUUUCUGA